AUGGAUGAGUGCACUGAGGACAAUACGGGUUUCGCCAAAGCCCUGAAGUUCUGGCAAGUAAGCCAGCUGCCCAUCCUCGUCCUCGCGAGCCUCGCCAUCCAGUGGUUCCUCUUCGUCUUCGCGCCCUUUCGUCAGCAUCGAGUCCCAGGUUUGCUGAGGCUCUCCAUCUGGCUGGCCUACCUGGGCAGCGAUGCCGUGGCCAUCUACGCCCUUGCCACCCUCUUCAACUCCCGCAGGUGCUGCACCGAAGGCCUCCCCGGCGUGGAGCUGCUGUGGGCGCCAAUCCUGUUGGUGCACCUGGGCGGCCAGGACAGCAUAACUGCCUACAACAUCGAAGACAACGAGCUGUGGAAGCGGCAUGUCGUAACAGCGGUGUCUCAGGUGGCGGCCGCUAUUUUUGUGUUCGUCAAGUCGUGGCCAAAAUCCAAAGCAGAUGGCGAAGAUUUCCAGAGAAUCUUCACGCCAGCGCUUCUCCUGUUCUUCUGUGGGAUUAGCAAGUGCGUAUGCAAGCCCUGGGACCUGAAGAGAGUCAGCGUCAACAGCCUGGUGGACUCUUCUUCAGGCUCAGAAGGGAAUGGCGAGAGUGACAUGAAUUCGCUUCAGGACUACGUCGGAGCUGCAACGCAGCAUUUCGAGGCCAGCCAUGGAAGGGGAAGACUGCAUCAGGAGACAUCAGACAGCGGCGGCGGCGAGGACGACAGCACCUGUAAAGCAGAGGAAAUCUGGAAGCCCUACAACCUAUGCAUAGACCUCGCACCCCCGUACUCCGGCCGGCUGAGCUGCCUGAAACACCUGGUGCGUAGCAACCCGGACACAGCGCAUCGCCUGGUGAAAUCCAGCCUCUCCGCCACCUUCCACCAGCUCUACACCAAGGAAUCACUGAAGCUGCACGACAUCUCGCAUCUUGUCUUCACCAACAACGCUGCCUUAAACCGCUGGAAGGUGCUCACCUCGGCUCGAGGUCUUCGGACGGUAGCCGCGGCCACCGGCCACCCUGCUGGGGGCGAUCGCGGUGUUCCGCUACCGCGGCGGCAGCGCUGGCGAGGUCCACCAGGCCUAUGA